AUGCUCCCCAGCUACGGCACCGUCGGUAACCUCCAGCCUCCAACGCCCCCCACUCUUGCGGUCAGACCUCUGGAUCUCGCUCUUGAACGCUUGGGACGUUCGCCGUUGGAGGGUGGAAACGUCAUUGCGCGUGGAUGGAGGAGCGUCAGCCCAGAUCCUCCGCUGCCUGGGACCCACCCUUCUUCCUCCACCUCACCCCACCUUGCCCCUUGCCCCUUUAUUCUGAGCUCGGAGACUGGAGCCCUCUUAGGCCCCAGAGGAGACGCUAUAGACAUUUUUAUUCUCUCAGGAAACAGACACACACAUCCACACACAAGCACCCAAAUCCCGUGGCCUGAAGAGCCGGGUAGAAGGCGACUCUGGAGGGUCCGGGUGCCAGGAGCAAAUGAAGUCCUUUUGGUACCUCUUUCCGGAAGGAACUUCCUCUCCUUGGAUGAGCUCCUUGGGCAUUCCGUGCACCUUAGACAACAAAAGAAACUGACAACCGGGGACAGACUCGAGAGGCCGCGGAGAUGGGGUACGUGGGAAGAAGACCAGGAAACCGAGGCUGGAACCACGCGCUUUGGGAGAGCGGCGCGCGAGGGGUCCGGAGGCGCACAGCCAGCGCUCAGACACGGAGCUCCUGCUUCCUUCCUCCCUCCCUCCCGGGCUCCCAUUUUAGGAGGAAUGUUAUUGUUUAAAGAGACCUUAUUGAACUAUUUCCUGCUCAUUGUCACCUUUCCUUCGCUCUCCUCGCCGAGCUGCUCACAGAAAGGUAAUAAACCGGCCGAAUCCCACACCGCCGGCAACGGUGGCCGGGCCGGGCCCAGCCCCACGGGGAAGCGCACCCCGACCCUCGCUCGCCGAAGAACACCCAGGGCAGCCCCCUCGCACUCCCACCCUCCGCAGAAACAAAGACCAGACUACAGAGGCCAAGCAAACUCCCAGAUCACAGUCAGUGCACGCGCAGCCCUCGUCCACAAAGUCCUGUUCUUGUAUGGGAAGCGAGAAAACUUCCAAAUAGGGGUCGUUUGGUUGACUUCCGUCUGUGUCGCUCAAAGGCAGACUGCGAGCGCGCGGGGCUUCCCUUCCAGGCUUGCGAAGGCCACAGGGAACGGGGCUCGCCGGGGUGGGCUCAUCCACGGUCUUGGCUGUUAGUGGAGCCCCCUGAAGCGCCGCGGGACGUGGACCGUAUCGGGAGGGGACCCUGCUCGGUGGAGCGCUGCGCCUUCGGAGGAGUGAGACCAACACGACCCGGGAGAGGCAGACAGCGCGCGCCCUUCAGCCUGGUUGUGCGCGCUGGUCGCUGGCGGGGGACGGUGGACAGCGGGCCCGGGCGCAGGUGAGCGCCGCGGUGCCCCUCCAGGUUGGCACACCUGCGGAUUCGCGGAUGCGCUUGGAGAGCGAAGAGGGCUUCGCAAGGGGGUGGUGGGGAGCGUCGCGGGCGGCCCGGCAACCCCUGGGGGACGUGCGGGCUGGGGCGAGCUCGGGCGCCGGCCCCUCCAUCCCCGCCCCGCCCCCGACCUCCUCCCGGCCCUCGGGCCCGCCCAGCCGCUUUGAAGGAGGUGCAAACAUUUGGGGGA